CUUUAAACCCAAACAAAUAAGACCGAUUUGGCUGAGGGCACAGCCACCGACAGCGUGCGCCGUUGACUCGGCUUUAGGCCUUCGGCGCUAGCCCCCAAUGCGCCGUGUCUUAGUUGCUACCAUAUUAUUUCAUUGACUAUGCACUUCUCAUAUCACCGAGGAGUUGUCCGAGGGCUGUUUCUCAGCUGAUAGGGGGUUGGCGCGGCAUCGUUGGUCGCGCUUGCUGUGCAGCGCUCCAGAGCAAGCCGGCGUUAUCAGUCAGGACCUGUCAGCAAAUAGCAUCUCAGCCACUGAAUAGACCGGCGUGGUUAGGCCGCGGUGCGACAUACGGAUGGCCAUGAAGACCUCCUUCGCAGACGGAGCGAGCAAGCUCCGACUUCAAGCCGCAAUGGCAGCAACGGCAGGCUGCGACAGCCACUCGCUGUCACCGUCCAGUCCUUGCCUAGUCACACCUGAGCCGUCUCUCCUGUGUGCCGUUCUCCCGCGCUACGGCAGCAGCUGUGCACUGCUGCAAGCAGGGCGACCAGCAGGGGACUCAGACAGCGGCUCACCUGCAGGAAAAGACGCAUCGGCAGCUCCUGUAGGCACGGCCAUGGAAGCGCGGCCUGGGCAGGCAGCCACGCCAAACCAAAUCCAUGCUGACACCGAGGCGCCAGCGCUAAACUCGCCCCACUUCGCGGCACCGCAGCACCGCAGCCCACUGGCACCCCGCCAGCCGCACAGCUGCGGCAGUAGCACCGGCGCCAAGCUGAACCGGAGCUCCGCCACCGUGAGUGCCUCCAGCGGGCUUGCGAGGAUGCAGUACGCCAGCAGCGCCGUCCUGCCCAGCCGGUCGCUCUCCCAUGGGUCCUCGCCGGAGAGCGAGGAGGUCAGCAGCGUGCCACGCGGUUAUCACUCCUACUCGUCAACACCCAGUCGGCGGCUGCCAUGGCGUGGCAGCACCAGUGGCGGACUGGCAGGAGCGGCUUUCACAAACCCGCUCUUCGAUGUCGACAGGUCAGCGCUGCCAUCGCCGCUGAGCCAGGGGCUCUACACGGGCUCGCACCGCGGCACGGCGGCCUCCAGCUCAGCCUGCGCCUCCGCCUUCGCCAGCCCUACCCACCACAGCUCCUACCACCACCAGCAGCAGCUCCAGGCCCGGCUGCACGGCCAAUGCCGCUCCCGGCUGCACCAUCUGGGUCGGCGCGACCAGGACCCUCGACUGCCGAGCGAGGCCUUUGAGGCGCACCCUCUCCCAGGCCGCCCCUCCCGGAAAUCUCUGGGCCUGGGAGCAGGCGGCGCUGAUGGGGGUGCCGCAGCCGCAGCCAGAAAUAUUUCCGCCACGACCCUAGCGGCCACGCUUCCUCUGCUGUGUGGGAUGGGGCGUCGCAACCAGCGUGACCAGGGCGCUCUUGUGGGCGCCCUUGCGCUGCUGCUGGGGUUGGGCACGGCAGAACCGGAGCACGACGAACUUGAUCAGGACGACGUGUGCGCCUCUUCCGGGUACACCAGCGACGUGGGCUCGGGCCUGGACUUCAGUGACCUCCGCUGGCGGCAUGCGGGCGGCGCCACUGUUCGUGCCCGCGUCAGCAGUGCCGGAGACCUCAGCAGCUGCGCGCCCGCUGCUGGCGUGGCUGGCCGGAAGUCUGCCGCGGGCACAGCUACGGCACUGGCGCCGGAGACUGAGCGUCAUGGCAACGAUGCACACGGGGCCGACGUCACGGCGGAAAGUAUUGGAUCGGCAGCGCCGGCGGGAGUGGAUUCAGCCGGGCUUGGUGCCACGCUUGAGCUGCUGCGCUACGCGGCAUCGCUCCAGCAGCAGCUGGCGGCGCGGAACCGCGACUGCGUGACAAUGCGCAUGCAGCUGGAGGAGUCCUUUACCGCGCGCGAGGAGAUGGGCGCCCAGCUGCUCAGCUACCAGCAGCGCAUCAUCGACCUGGAGCGGCGCCUGGAGCAGGAGAAGCGCGGCAGGGCGGGCCUGGCGGUGCAGAGCCAGCUACUGCAGCAGGAGCUCCAGGAGGCGAGUGAGGUGUGGCGCGACGUGCAGGAGCUGGCCCGCGCCCAGUCGCAGACGGCCGCGACGCCCAUGUCCCGCGCCUUCGGGCCCCAGGGACAGGGCAUUGUCACGGCUGCAGACGCCACCGGUGGCGCCGACCAGCCGGACCUGUGCGACGCGGCCUUUGAGGCGCUGCGGCGGGAGAACGAGUCACUCACCAGCCGGCUGAUUGCCAGCAGUCUCAUGGCGGCUGAGGCGGUGGAGCGGGAGGAGGAGGCCCGGCACCAGGUGCACAUCCUGCAGGAGCUCAACGCCGAGGCGAUGCAGUCAGUUAACGCGCUGAGCCUGGAGCUGUCGCUGCUGCGGACCAAUGCCGGCAACACACGACUGCGGCGCUUCAACCUGCCCUGGGGCAGCGCUGGGGGCGCACGGGACGCAAGUGGCGGUGGGCAGUGAGACAGCUAGGGUGAAUGAGAAUGGCAAGGAGAGGUAAUGGAGGCGCGCUUAAUGAUGCGGCUGCAUAUUCUGAUAGUGAUGUGUGAGGCCGGUUAGGGUAUGCCUGGCAACUAGUAGCGACUAAACGAUGUGCGAAUAAACUAGUGCUCGCUGCGUGCGGACAGUGCAGCCAUGUGGGUGUAGAGUACCGCUAAUUAACCGGUAGUGCAUUAGUGCCGCAUUGACCACCACAUCGACACGCUGCGCUCAACUGCUGAUGUUUUUAUGGCGCAGACGCCAGAAGCUGCGCCAUUCGUGCAAAGGAUUGACGAUGUAUGCCGCUAUUCAUGAAGGCUGCUGUGUGUUUGACGAACCGCUGACGACGACGUGAUACUGAAUCCGUAUGACAUGGCCCGCAUAUAUGGCGCUGAGGACA